CAGCCAUCCAAUGAUUUGUCUGGAUUUCCAACCCCUACAACCCUGCCACGCCGCUCCGGCCAAGGGUGCGCCUGGUUGCGAGUGCUGACCGACCGUUUCCAUUUUUUCUCCGCAGAUUCAAUCGCAUUUGGACUGGGCCAAGGUCGACCAGAGCCAGAGAGACCAGACUCCGCGUGGGCCGAAGUCCCCAACGUGCCAGCGGACGAGGGCCUGCAGCUUGGCUGUCCACGGCGCCUUUCCCUUUUUUCCCUCACCUCCCGGGCACACACACUCGUCCUGGCUUAUCAUCCCCCGUUCCGACUCUGGGCAGGGCAUGUUGUCAUUCAUAUUAAACCCACCCGCCCCGCCUGUCACGUCUCCCAAUUCCCCCCUCUCGAAUAUAGAUUUGCCUCUUUUUACUCUAGAAUUCAAAAUCUUUUGUCUGGUCCAUCCAUCAGUCAGUCCAUGGUAAACGAGACACCUGCACUACGACGACAAAGCCACGGGGUCCGAGACAGCUGGUGAGGUCUACCCUGCUACUGAUCGCAUCGCCCGCACCUCCCGUUCAGCCAUUCCGCGCCGCCCGCAGCCCGAUACCACCGCCACCAUCACUUCUACUCUCAGCAAAAAAAAAAAUCAUACUGCGACGUUUUUUUUUUUGUUGUGUAACGGUAUCACUGUGCGAAUGAGAGGAUAUCGAUAGGCUAUUUAUUUUUGUUGUUGAAGAAAGAACGAAAAGAAGAAGCAAACGAAUUCAGGGGUUAUUUUUUUGUCGACCAAAACACAGACAGCAAGCAAUCAACAAGACCGCCAAAAUGCCAGGAAUUCUGCCUAUGAAGGUCAUCAAGGUGGGCACGAGCUCCCAGAGCCGUAUUGCCCAGGCCUGCGACAGAUGCCGCAGCAAGAAGAUUCGCUGCGAUGGCAUUCGACCUUGCUGCUCGCAGUGCGCCAAUGUUGGCUUUGAAUGCCGCACCAGUGACAAGCUCAGCCGUCGUGCCUUUCCAAGAGGCUACACCGAGUCGCUCGAGGAGCGCGUCCGCGCCUUGGAGUCGGAGGUUAGGGAGUUGAAGGAUCUGUUGGACGAGAAGGAUGAGAAGAUCGACAUGUUGUCCAAGAUGCACAGCAACCGACGGUCACCGGCGGAAUCACCACACAGAUCACCACCGCCAACCAGUGUGAGACUGGAGUCUAGCCCACCACCAAGGGAAGAUACCUUCCGUGUCCAGGCCUCACCGUUGCUGCUCGGUGUUGAGAAUUCGGAUUCGUACUUCAUGGGCGCGUCGAGCGGGCGGAGCUUCAUUGAAUCAUGCAAGAGGAAGAUGCAGGAGAAUGGCAAGUCGUGUGCCGAUUUCAAUCCAGAAGCGUUCUUGCACAUCCAGGGGUGCUAUCCUCUCGCACAAAAACAACCAUCGCCGCAGAUGAGGGUUCCUCCACGGUUGUUCACCGACCGCUGCGUUAAUGUUUACUUCCAGGAGUGGUCGCCCCUUUUCCCGGUCCUUCACAAGCCGACUUUUCUUCGCGUCUACGAGGAGUUUGUGGCGGACCCGGAUAAGAUCAAGAACAACCACAAGCUUGCGCAGCUGUACUUGGUCUUCGCGAUCGCUGCGCUGUCGAGUGAACAACCAGAUCUCGAGCAGAUCGCGGCGUGUGAACAGCAGUGGCAGCGGGCCCUCGAGGCGAUUCUCAUGGAUAAUACCAUGGUGACGCUUCAGUGCCUGUUGCUUGCUCUCAUGUACUGCACCAUUCGGGCUGACUACAAGAGGCUCCAGCACUACAAGGGCAUUGCUGUUGGUUUGUCGCACCGGUUGGGACUCCACCAGAGCCAGAAACGGUUCUCGUUUGGUGUCUUGACAAUCGAGACCCGUAAGAAGGUCUUUUGGUCGCUUUAUAUGCUUGAUUGCUUCUCUGCUGCCCUGCUCGGCCUCCCCAAGCUCCUCAAGGAAGAGGACAUCCACUGCGAGUUCCCAUCCGACACAGACGACGAAUACGUCACGGAGAAGGGGUUCCAGCCGAGCCUUCCUGGCGAGGCGACCCGUUUGUCCAACGCGCUCGCCCUCUUCCGGGGAUCCCAAGUGCUCGCAAAGGUGCUCGAGAAGAUUUACCCUUCGGCCACCUCGCACGACCUGUCUCUCCAGCAAAUGUCCGCUCUCGAGGCCGAGCUGGACGAGUGGUACAAUAACCUGCCCCAGCACCUCAAACUCACCUUCAAGCAGGACAAGCCCUCGACCGACGUGACAGGCAGCCGGUCCCCUAUCCUUGCCCUUGCAUACUACUACAUCCGAACCCUGAUUUACCGCCCCGCAGUGACGUCUGGCCUGGGGCCCAAGGCGGCCCCGGCGCUGCUGUCGGUCGGCGAGUCGAGCAAGUGCAUUAUUCAGAUUAUUCAGCUGCUCGAGGAGCGGAGCCUGAGCUUUUCAUUUUGCCUGAACAAGUACGACACGCUUAUUCUCUGUGGCAUGGUUUUGCUUUUUCAGACGUUGGACCUCAAGCCGGAUAGCAAGGUGUUGAAGGACCACGAGAAGCUGGUCAACGCGGUGAUCAAGGUGGUGGAUAGGGCAAAAGCCCCGGGGUGCUAUGACUUCAAGAGGGUGGCAGGGAUGUUGAUCGCGGUGGAGGAGCCGCCGGCGGUGGUGGUGCCAGCAGCAACGUCGCCCCCGCAGAGUUUGCCGACCCCGCCGAGGCAAAGCCCGGAUUGUGCUGCUGCUCCGCAUCAGUUGGGUCAGCAGCAACACCGAGCUUCACCCGGGGCUGCUCCGUCGCCGACGACGACCACGACGAUCCACAAGACCAUCAACAACAACAGUCAGCGGCACAGCAUGAGCGAGACGGACCUGAGGAUGCAGCAGGAGAAGUUGAGAAGAAUCUCCAUGCCGCAACCGCAACUGCAACAACACAUCCAGCAAGCUCGGGAUUUUUCCUCACGGACCCAAAGGGCGUCGUUUGACGGAGCAAGACCGCCGAAUGUGCCUCUUCUUCAGAGAGAUCAAAGGCUUAGCAUGAGCAGCAGCCAUGCGCACCACCCUCACAACAUCAUGGCACGGAUCUCGACGCCGUCGUCGCCCGUGCAGGCCCGUCCUCCGCCGCAGAGCCUGAUAAGCCAGGCGCAGAUCUUUGCGCAGAUGCAGAAGCACUCUGGGGCCAGCACGUCGGAGUGGCAGGCGCUGCUGACGAGCAUUGAGGGGGAUCAUCUGAAUGUGUAUGAUGCUAUUUAUGGGGGGCCGGGGUUGAGCAUGGCUACUGCUGGAGACGCAAGUCCUGUGAGUGUGAGUGCUACUUCCGUGCCGACGGCGGGGGGGUGGUCGCCUGAGAGUUGGGAUGUGACGGGGUUUAAUUUGGGGGAUUUCGGUGGGGGACAAAACGGUGGUGGGCAUGGGACGGCGCAGAGUGUGUUGAGUUUGCCGAGCGAGGAUAGUUUGAGUUGUAGUGAGGCUGAGAUGGGCGGGCCGCCGGGGGGGGGGAUGAGGUUGGAUGGGUUGGGGGAUUUUGGGAGGGGGGGUUUGAUGGGAGGGGGGGGUUGUUCGGUUGCUGGGGAGGGGUAUUUGGUUGAUGGGUUGGAGUUUGGAAUCUGAUGUAUAGGUAUCUUGACUUUUUGACGAGUUUCAAGGGCGUGGAGUAUUGGAGUUGGGUUUGGUAUUUAUUCUCGGUUGGGGGGCGAGGGACCUGGAAUUGGGCUUGGAUACCGACAGUACCGGCUGGAGUUUUCGAAAGUCAUUCAUCAUCGGGUGGUAUUUGGUUCUAUGAUGACAGGUUGCAAAGCUUGCAUUUGUUGGAUCUUUUCGGUGGGGGGAUGGGGGGAUGGUGGUGUUUAUAUUAACGCUCGCUUUGUUUUUUUCUUCUUUUUUCUUUUUUUGAGCGGAUGGAUAUUAUUGUCUUUUUUGGGGAUUCUUGGGGUUUAUAUGGUUCAACAUAUGGUUAUUUUAGUUACAGACGGAUUUUUGGUCAGUUAGUAUAGCGGGAUUUUAGCUAUCAAUGAAUGGAGUCAAAAGCAUUCAUACACAUCCA